AUGAACAAUCGAGAAAUGAACUACUGGCUUGCACGGUUUAUGCAUGAAGUUCGGAGGCAAGAUGGAAAGCUGUAUCCACCUUUUACUAUGCAGCAGAUUGUUGCUGGUUUACAGUGUUCUAAGGACGACUCUCAGUUUAGUUUGCUCAGGUCUGCACUUGAUGCACGCAUGAAAGAACUCACCAGGCAAAAUGUCGGCACACUUAAGAAACAUGCCCAAGUUGUAACAGCAGACAUGGAGACUAGCUUUUGGGAGAAAGGUGUUUUCGGUUCUUCGUCUGCUCAAACUCUUCUUGACACUCUUUUCUUCUACAGCUGCAAGCUAUUUGGUAUGCGAUCUGGAGAUGAACAUUGA